AGAUAUAUAAUUAUGGAUGCAUUAAAGGAUACAUUGAUAUGUCGUUUGUGUGGUGUAAAUCUUACAGAAGGAAAGUAUAAAAGUAUCUUUGAAGGAUCAACAGAUUUAAUACAUAAAAUAAAGGAAACAUUACCAAUUUCAAUAUCUAUUGAUGAUAAUGGUUCAAAAUAUAUGUGUUUAUUGUGUUAUGACAAAAUUAUUUUUUAUUACAAAUUUAUUCAAGAAGUAUUGGAAUAUUCUAAAAGAUUACACAAUACAUCACAAAUUAAAUCUAUAUUUAAUCUAUCUAAAGAAGUAACAGAUUUUUCACAAAUUCAUAGUGAUGCUAUAUAUACAUGUCCAAAUUGUAAUGUUGAUUUAAUGAUUUUAUUGGUCAAUAGUCCUCAAGGCUGUGAUUAUAACUUCCAAAUUUCAUUAGCUAUGGUAAAUCAUUCUGAAAGAAAACAUAUUAUAGAAGAAAAAAAUAUACAAAUACAUAAAAAUAUAGUACAUUUUAAUAAUGCAAAAAAUAAUAUACAUUUAAAAAAUGAAAACAAAAUAGCAACAAAAGAUAUUGAAAACAUACCUAAUCAAGUAAGUCUAAUAUUACCUAUAUUAGAAGAAGAAAAUUUAAAUUAUACUGAUGUAUUAUAUAACAAACAAAAUUCAAAAAUUGAAAUACAAAAAAAAUUAAAAAGAAAGGAAUGUAAUACUUACAAUUCUUCUAUUCGUUUAUUUAAAAUAUCACAAGAGGAAGAAAUAUCUCGUGUAUCUAAUGAGAAUUUAUUGAACUGUAAUUAUGAUUCUAUUGAUCCAUUAAUAAAAAAUGAGCCUGAAAGUGAUACAUAUUGGUUAGAUAGUGAAACUGAUUAUAAAAGUGAAAAAGAUACAUGCAUAAUUAAAUCACAAAAUAUAUUAGAAAAAAAUGAUGUGCAAGAUGAAAAUGAUAUAUAUAAAUCUUGUUUAAAAUAUAUAUGCAAAUUAUGUGGAACACGUUAUCUUUCACAUUUAAAAUAUGAAUUUCAUAUGGAAAGACACAAAUCUGGUAAAAUAGAUAAAUAUGAAUGUACAUUAUGUCAUAAAGAAACAAGUAAUGAAAAUUUAUUAUGGGAUCAUUAUUUUCAUACACAUAAAAGUUUACAACGUUAUAUUUGUAUGGAAUGUGGAAAAUUAUUUACAAAACGAUCUAGAUUAAAUGGACAUCAAAAAAAUUAUAAACAUUCUGGUAUAAAACAAAUUCAAAUUGGUACUAGUGAAGAUACUGUUAGUGAAGAUGUCAUACAAAAUGCUAUAGCAAUAAAACAAGAAAAAAUAGCAAUAAAUUGUAGUCUUUGUGGUAAAUUAAUUUCUGAUUUAGAUCCAGAUGCUAUUAAUGAUUUAGUUACAUGUGCUACUUGUGAAGAUUCUACACUUUCUUUAGUAAUAGAUGGAAAUGAAACAAAAGUAAUUUCUCCACGUGAUAUAUUUCUUAUUUAUCCUACGGUCGAAGGCGAGUCAAUCGUAAAAAUGGCCGGGGAAAAGCGUACUCAAGAUCAAGAGGAAACCUUAUUGUCAGAAACGGUGAUCUUAGUUGACAUCGAAGGCACUACGACGAGCAUAAGCUUCGUGAAGGACACACUUUUUCCUUACGUACGAGAGAAUUUAAAGAAAUAUAUUGAAACUAAAUGGGAAGAUGAAGAAUUCAAACAAGACUUUGAGAAAUUAAAAGAACAGGCAAAGAAAGAUGAAGAAGAUAAAAUUGAUGGUUUUGUACCAAUUAUUGAUGCUAAUAUAGAAGAAGAAAGAGAAUCACUUGUAAAAAAUAUAUUAUGGCAAAUGGAUUGUGAUCGAAAAACCAGUGCAUUAAAACAAUUACAAGGACAUAUGUGGCGUGAAGCUUAUAAUUCUGGAUCAAUUAAAGCACAUGUUUAUGAAGAUGUACCAAAAGCACUAGAAUCAUGGACGAGUGAUGGUAAAAAGGUCUAUGUUUAUUCAAGUGGUAGUGUUGAAGCACAAAAACUUCUAUUUGAACACUCAAUAUAUGGUGAUUUACUUAAGCAUUUCAGUGGUUAUUUUGAUACUGAAGUAGGUCCAAAACAAGAAUCAAAUAGUUAUAAAAAUAUAUUAAGUAAAAUUGGAGUUGAACCAUCAGAUGUAAUUUUCUUAACUGAUAUUGUAAAAGAAGCUAUUGCUGCAAAAGAAGCAGGUUUAUCAACAGUUAUAGUACUACGUGAAGGCAAUGCUCCUCUUACAGAUGAAGAAAGAGUGGCUUCUACAACUAUUAAGUCAUUUUUAGACUUAACAUUUCAAACUUCUACAAAAAGACAAAAAUUGGAAGCUAUAGAAGUUCAAAAAGAUACAAACAAAUCCAUGUCUGAUGUUAAUGAACCAAUGGAUACUUCUGAAGAUGUUGAAAUGUCUGAUGUCAAUAAUCAAGAAAAGAAGAUUGAUAAAGUCGAUGUAAAAGAAGUUGUCCAAGAAGAAAUAAAAGAAUGUGUUAAAGAUCAGCUACCAAAAGAAGCACAAAUUUCAGAUGUGAAAAUGGAUGAGCCUAUGAUUACUGAUAUGAAAGAAGCAGCAAACGCUGAAAAACUAAUGGAAAAUAAACCUGAAAAAGUAGAACUUCAGCCAUCUGAGGUGAGUACAAAAUUAGACACUUCUGAAAAUGUGCAAGUAACUAUGAGCGGUAGCACUGAAUCAACGAUAAAAUCUUCGAAAGAUGAUAUUGACAAAUCUGCUGUUUCUGAAAAAAUAGAAAAAUCUAUAAUAGAAAAAACUAUAGAGUCUAUAUCAGAAACAACUCUUACUGCCAAUGAUACCUUGAAUGUUGGGACAAGUGAGCCUAAAUCAAAGUCUGAUCAAGUUUCUAUUACAGAGAAUAAGACUGAAGAAUUUUCAAACAUUGAUAAAGAAAUAAAAUCUGAUGAUAUAAAAAUAUCAGAUGUAAAAACUAUUGAAAAUGUUUUACAAGAAAAGAGUAUUAGCAGUAUAAACGAAAAACCAGAAGAAUGUUCUAAUAAAUCACAAAAAGAAAUGAAAGAGGAGUCCACUGAAAAAAUUGUAAUUAAUUCUAGUAUAAUAGAAACUCAAACAUCAGAAAAUGGUACAUCUUCGAUAAAAUCUGCACAAGAAUCGACAAAAACAGAAGAAAAACCUGCAGAAAAUGGUGAUGUUCCAUUAACAAAUGUAGAAAAAAUUAUUGCACCAACGAUAACAGAAUUAGAAGCUACUAGUAGCAAAGUAGAUACAAAUACUGAAAUAAAAAAUACCACAGAAAUAAUUAAAGAAAUAAAGUCUGAAAAAGAAGCAGAAUUGAUUAAUAUAAAAUCUAAAACAAAAGAAAUAGAAGAAAUAUCAAUACCUAAAAUUGAUGCAGAAAAACAAGUAAGUGUAGAAAUAUCAAAACAAGAAUUAACAGAGAAAUCAACAAAAGAAGAAACUGUAGCGGAUGAAAUAAAAGAAACAAAUACAGUGGAUUCCGAAAAGAAAAAAUUAAAUAGUACAACACAAAACGGAGAUACAGAUGUGUCAGUGUCAGAUGAUAAAUUACAAAGAAAUGGACUAAAUGAAGGAUCAUCGAACGAAAAUAUUAAUUCGUCUACGAGCGAAAAUACAUCUGCGCAAAAUGGUGAACCAGAGAGUUCCUCUGAAGCUAGUGCAGACUCUAUAAAAGUCAAAAAAGUCGUUGAUUCUGCUGUAGCCGAUGGUGCCGGCGAACCUGACGUUGUUCCCCCUGUAGUUGUAGCUGCGACGUCUUAAUCUUGUUCUUAUACAUUUUAAGAAGUCCUUCAUACAUAACCCCAACCCACAAUACUUAUCCGCAGAUAUAAACUGAAAAGUUGGCUCCCUACACCUUACAUAAAUCGUACGACGUUAAAGAUGUAAUACGUUAAUUUAAGAUACAGUUCAUAAGAUUUCUAUUUCUUCGACAAAUGUGAAGGGAAAUGAUAGUAAUGACGUAUACAGCGUGUCUCAGAUUCGAUUAUCUUUUACAUGUCACAGUUUGAUAUAUAUUUAUAUACAUACAUACAUACAUACAUACAUCUGAUAUUUAUCGAUUAUGCUUAAUAGAAAAUUUAAGAAAGAUAAACACUCAGUUCCUAUAUUUCCUACUUUACAUUGCUUAAUUUAUUUUAUUAUACUUUAUCUACAUUUUUUAGUUUGUUUAUACAAAUGUAUUUUUUAUAAUUGACAUACAUUUAUAAUUCAAAUUGACUCAAGGAUAAUCGAAAAUGUCAUUCGCUGUAGUCAAUAAGUAUUUUUAAUUUUUCUUUUUUUAUUACAUUUUAUAAUGUGUAUUAAGAUUUUUCUUUUAUAUUAUCUAAACGGAAUGUUAUACUAUGAAAAUUUAUAGAAUAGCAAAUUCAUCAUAGUUGGAGUAUGCUAAAAUACUGAAUGUACUUUGUGCCAAAUGAAUUAAUUCAUCAGUUUGAAGAUUUUUAUGAUUAUAUGUACGGGAUAUUAAUAUAUUCAUGAGAUACUUUUGGAAGAUUAAUUUUAAAAGCUAAACAAAUAGAAAUAUACAAAAAUGU